AUGACGACCCUCAAAAGAAAACGAGUUAAAAUUCAAAAACAAUCAAAUGAAACAAAUUUCUUGGAAGAAGUUGAAGAAAAGACAUCAGCUCGUAAAGCUCCAAGAACUCGUAGUAGAAAAGAAGUUAUUAAAAAGCCAGUGACAGUAGGACGUAAAGCUCGUGAGAAAGAAGUCAAAGAAAAACAAAUAGUAGUAAAUGUGAAUGUAAGUAAUGAUGAAAUUCCAAAAACCCGUGGGAAAGGAACACGAUUGAAGAGAAAUAAUAUCCAGAAAGAAACAUUUUAUUCAGAUUCAUCGUCAGAAUUAAUUGCACACAAAAAGCCAUAUUACGGAGGUCGUAAAAAACUUCCGCAACGAGCUGCAACUACACAAAAAAUUGAUUAUUCUGUUAAUCAUUAUUAUCAUGAGUUUCAAGAUUUUUUCUAUACCAGAUUAGAUGAUGAUGAUAACGACGAACCUAAAAGGAAAAAAUCUUUAUCUAUGCCGGCAAGAGAAAGAUCUUCAGAUAAUGAUUAUUUUGACAUUUCAUCUCAAGAUGAUGAAAAAAAUCUUAAAUCUACUCCUAAGAGAAUUCGUAGAAAAAAGUUACCUCAACGUGGAUCAAAAGAAAAAAACAUUGAUUAUUCCGAAAAUACGUAUUACAGGAAAUUUGAUUCUGCUAUGAAUGCUAGGUUUUGGUCGGAUAAAUUAUCAAAUGAUGAAAAAGAUGCAAGUGAUACUGAAAUUCGUAGUAAUAAUUACAAGAAAACCCAAAUAUCAUCUGCUAUACCAAGUACACCUACAUCUAAUAAACUCAGUUGA